GGUUUGCAUUUUCCUCCCCUUUCAACAUGGUCUCGCGAUAUCAAGGUACAUACUCGACAAUUACUCGAUAUUUAUUUGAUGUAGCACAGCAUCAUUGAAUAUUAUGGUAGUGACUUUGUCUGAAAAUGUUACUAUUUUAUAAAUCUAGCCAGUACCCUCGAAAUGCCACCCCCAGUCCAAUUAUCAAGAUCUAUCCCGAAGUGGCCUUCACCCAAUGCUGUUCUUAAAAGACGAAAAAAAGAUAAUUAUCAGCCAUUCGAAGCAGCUGAACUAAUCCUCGAUCUCGAUGCCGAGAAUAGCCCUUACGUCCGCCCCUAUAGCAAGAGCAGCGAUGGUGAACCGUUGCCCCCCGGGCGUCAUAGGGAGAGAGAGCUCCGACCCGUCCGCAAGUUCGUCGCCGGGCUAAAUAAGCUCUCCAGGGAAUAUCAGCUACAAUUCGCGGAUACAGCGUCAAACAAGUUCAAUAUUUGGCGGAUAACCAAUUAUGAUAUACUUUCCGUCGCACUCCGCAACACGCCUGUGACAAGACGAAGUUGCGGUGAUCAUCAUGUUAUCGAUGAGAAUAGUAUAUUCGAUCAAAAUGGGAUACCACACUACAUACUUAAUAGCCCGUCUAAGACCAUUGCAUACAUGCUACACCGGCAAAAAAUAUCCCACCGUUUAGAACCAACCCAGGAUGACCUAAUACAGUUCCGAAAGGCGGUUAAGGCGUGCCGCGACCUUGAUCAAAUCGAGAGGGUUAUCAUGGGUGUUAUUCGAACCCCCCUAGGUCGCUGGCUCAUUGCACAUAGCACCAAUGCUAUCGGAAGAGCGUGCGUAGACAUGGCUGGGGAAAUGCCACCGGAACAAAUGCUCACGUUUCUCAACAACUUAAUAAUCCUUCUAGAACCAGAGAAGCCGGAGAUUCCCCCCUUAUUCUUGUAUGGAGCUAUCCUAGCCUCGGUACGAUGUGGUGUCUUCGAUGUGGCUCAGAGAUAUAUAAGAAUGGCUAAAGACGGCGGUGUUGACUUCAACGCUUGGCUAGUGGCUGGUAUUCUCAACGUUUUAGAAACGAACAUUUUGGAGGAGUUAACGACUUCGUCUGCUAUCCAGAAAUAUCCUACGUAUCCUCUAUUAGCAAUAUACAGUCUUUUAACAGGCCAGAUACAGGGAGAAAAAACACCACAACCUUCAUUACGGGACUUUAUAUCUAGCAGCACCAUACAGGGUGUCUCUCAAGGACCGUACAUUGCUUGUCUUGCCCGUCUAGGAGCGUUCCGAACAAUGUGGCAUUUCUGGCACAUGCAUCCUGUACCUCCAGAAGACAAAGAUACCUCCAAUGCCGACAUCUUCGCCCUGGCCAUUCAUAAAGCCGUGUUGGCCAACCACCACUUGACGAAAUUAGCACAGGCUCCCAGCUUUACGCGCGUGGCCGGAUCGUACCCCGACGAUUGCCAGCUCGACAUAGAAACCAUUAUAGAGUCAAUAGAAAUACUUUCCUCGCCUAAGCCCGUAGGCGAAGUCCAAUACUCUCUACCUAGCAAGAAGGCAAUCGAGGAGAUUUUUGGGGAGACAUCGAUUGAGAAAUCAAUGUUGGCAUUGCAACAGUACCUAUAUGAACUAAAUUCCACUAUACCCCUCAGAGAAGAUAUAUAUUAGAGUCUAUGAGGCAGACUCUGGGGCUAGACAGAUCUGAUGAGGAUACCGAUGGAGAUUAGCUCCAAGGUUGGCAAAACUUAGAAUCGAGGCCCAUAGAUCGUCGUGACACUGCUGGCAUAUCGAUUGAAAAUACCAUGUUCAGUAUUAUAAGCCACUCCUUGCAGAGUUCGGCAAAGCUUGUCGUCUUGGGCUUAUUACUAGUGACCAAUUCAAACACAUUUUAAGGCCGAC